AUGGAACAUCACUCAGUCAAUGAACUGAAACACAAGGCAGACUUUGAGGUCAGGGCAUAUGGUCGAGAUUUAACAUUGCUUGCAUUGGAAGAUGAAUGUCUUGCCCAGAUGGAGGAGGUGUCAGGUGAAAGAAGGGAGAGGGAAGCAGCUGACUCUGAAGAUGACUUGUCAGCCAUCUUGGCUGCUUCAAUUACUGUUGACACUUUGCAAACAGAUGGGAUAACAAAAGAGAAAUUUCCUGGGAACUCUGGGAUGAAUCUGUCUGAAAACUCAGUGGUGACCCAGCUUGGCCUCACAGAGGAGCAACCUGCACCAGCAUCUGACAUUGAAUGGCAGCUUGAUCAAGAAGAUCAGAUACCUUCUAUGGAUGGGCCCUCAUCAUAUGCCAUGCAACCAGCUCUCACCAGUGCACCUGAAGCACCAACUUGUUUUGCACCUGAAUACACAUAUGAAUACACAUACCCUCCCAUUCCUGAAGUGCCUCAUUCAUACUCACAUGUCCAACAAGGGCAGUGUGGUGGGUCUACAUUGGGACCUUACAUGUACCUUCCACCUGAGCUCAACUAUGCCCUGCCCACACUUGCCACAAGGUUCAUGCACUCAGCAGCCCCUCAUCCUACUCUGUACAGCAUACCAUCACAGCAUGCUGAGUUAGCACAAAGGCAUCUUUGGCCUGGAGAAACAACACUGAAUGAAGCCUUUUCUAUCCCCAAAUGA